AUGUCGCUUGACAGUGCCCAGCUAGACCCUUGCAGUCGCGACCGUUGCCCUGGGCGCUCGAGGGCAUGUGGUGUCGUGCCCCGAAAUGCUAGGCAGCCAUACGCGGCCAGAUUUGGCACAUUUUCUUCUAGCUUGCUGAGAUAUAGUUUCUUCACCGGAAAAGGCGCUGAUAAAGCCAGCCGGGGUGCGCCCGGUGUGUGUGGUCUUUGCCACCAAGCCCGAUGCGCCUCGCCGGGACAAGCAAUCCGCGAGAGAAAGGCCCCGAAACGCAGCUUCUCCGAAUUUAGCGUAGUCAACGGCGCGGCGUUGCGCUGGAACAUCCUAGGACCAGUGCAGGGGAAGCCAACACCUUACUCCGCGACAGCCGGCGAAAACUGA